ACCACUACUACUUUAAUUGGCAUUGCGUAGAUAUUAAAGAAGAGGUUUAGAAAUUUUCAAGAUGGCCACCCAGCCUACAGUACACAAUGGAAAUAAGAAGAAUAAGAAGCAAUUUACGGCAUUUGGUGAAUAUUUACGAGAACAUAGAGCAGAUUUUAAAGGACAGGGACGAACAGAUCAGGAAAUGGUGAAAGCGUUGAAACCUCGUUUUGAUUCAUUACCCGAAACAGAAAAGAAACUAUUGGAAGCUAAGGCAAAAAGACACAAGGAAAAAUAUCAAGAAGAGAACAGACAGGACAACCAGAGACAACAUUAUACUUCGGCGGCUAAUCCCUACGAAAAAAAGCAACAAAAAUUUGAUUAUGAAAUCGGCAAGUUCGUAAGUCGCCGGUUCUUAACCAAAAGCGUCAUUGCCGAUAUCAAAUUUUAUUUGAUCGAUUUUCAAAUUUUAUGUCACAUGGAUGAAUUUCCAUAUUUUGAUCAGAAAGGACAUGUACCAGUUGAAGUUGGAUUGAUUGAAAUGAGCUUGAGAGAUGGUAUUACGAAACAAUAUCAUAGACUGUUGAAACCGUUUGAUCGACUUGCCGAUAUUCCAAGCGGUGUUAAAGCCUUUGAGCACAGUGCAAGUACUCAUAAGAUUCCAGUUCCUAACGAACAUGGCACCAACAACUUUUUUGGCGUAUGGAAUGAAUUAGUCAAUUUUAUUAAUCCAAAUGGUCUCCUUGAUGAGUAUCCUCCAUUAUUUACUAUUGCUACAAAUGAAUUUGUGGACCACCAAAGUGUUGAAGAUUGUAUUGACUUUUUGAGCAACAAAGCUAAACUAUAUUUGAAGUGUUCAAAAGUUAAUCACCUUAGGAAAGUAUACGAAUUAGGUCGAAUAUUUAGAGAAUUAAUGGCCUUUGAGGAUUUUGAAAACUCCGUUCCUUUACAGUCUUGUAUUAAAAGACUACUCAGUUGUAAAUAUAUUCACAAAGGUCAAACUUCAUGUGAAUUUCACUCCGAAAAUGAUCAACAAGUGUUACAUUGUGCACUUGGUUCAGUAAGGAGAUGGGCCUAUGCCAUGUUUGACACUCUAUGCGCUAAGUACGGUUGUCCAAUGAGCGCAAAUCAUCGCCCUUCGGCAGCUAGUAUUGCUGGAUCAGCAAAAGUUUUGAGAAAUGGAUUUGAAGACGAACCAUUUUCCAACUAUAGAGAAAGAAAUAGACCAAACUCUACUCUCUCUGAACCCGAUUUUCCAGGUCGGGAAGGCUUUACUUGCGAUAGAGCGUUUAGAAAACGUAGAGAAGAAGAGCUCAAGUUUCGAGCAUCUCGUGGCGUGUCUCUACCCGAAGCUGUUCAAACAGGACAAUCGAACAAUAGAUCAAGCACAAAACCUCAAUCAGAUGGUGAAUGGCAAACAGUUGGUAGGAUGGGAUCACUCUCAAUUCGUGAGGAUCAUAGAUAUAUAAAAGCUGAAUCAAAAAGCCCUUGGAAAACGGAAGAUGCUCUGACAGAGCGCCCUAGAGCCAGCAGAGGAAGAAACAUUUUAGAUUUACCAGAGGCUCAAGCUGUCAGAGUUGAAGAUGAUCAUAAGGUUGAAAGAGGAUUAUCUGACGAUCAUUCAUUGCGCACGCAGUCAUCGUUUAAUAUAGCUGAAGAAGAUUUCCCUUCUUUGCGAUAA